AUGCCAACAUACAAAGGUAUAGUCUACGAAGGUGCGGUACUCGGCCGGUACGGACGCUCCAAGUACCUUUACUCUCUCCCAGCUGAGGUGCUCUCGCGAGGUUUAGCAGAGGGCGUACUCAUCAGGCUCUCCUACAGGAUCUUGCUCGCUCUUAUCGAUUUAGCGUCGAAAAAUAUGACAGCAUGGCGUUUCGUGAAUCUCCAGCGGGUUUACUCGUACGGUACAGUACCUAUACUUAUACAGGGACGUGUUGUGGAAGUGCUUCCUAACCUGCACAGUACGAGCAAGCAUAUCUACCUAGAGGCGUGUAUCGCCUACCCGUCCCUGGAUCCCUGGCUCGGAAAUAUGGUGCAAAUUGCAGGCCCAAGCUCGUCCAAGAUGGAGAGAGAGCAAGGCUUUGUAUCAUCUAUCGAUUGCAAGCACAUGGCUCUACAUACUAUGUACCUAGCUCUCCGCACUCUCUGGGAGAGGCGUCGUGUCGUAUCUAUCGAUUAG